GAAGGACUCAGGCACCGCACACCUCGAUACUUGUUCGUAGCUGGGGAGGUCUUCACUGGUUGAGUUGUCGUCUUUAGCAUAUUUCGCUUCCUUCUGGACAUGUUUUAGCCUUACUUCCAUCCAUUCUCUCCUGCCUGUACAACUGUCCGAACUUUCUCGACACCUCUUACGACAGUCUCUCUCCGGAACAUCUGUGCCUCGUCAACAUGGCGCAGGCUCAGCAGCAGUUGAGCAAUAAAGAUGGCGCAUUAUUCCGACAAGUGGUUCGCCAUUUUGAGAACAAACAAUAUAAGAAAGGGCUCAAGUCGGCCGAACAGAUCCUGCGAAAAACUCCUAAUCAUGCCGACACACAAGCUAUGAAAGCCCUGAUACUGGGCUCUCAAGGACACACUGAAGAAGCGUUCGCUCUAGCCAAAACCGCCCUCAAUAAUAAUAUGAAGUCGCAUGUAUGCUGGCACGUGUACGGUCUGCUGUACAGGCAAGAAAAGAAUUUCGAAGAAGCCAUCAAAGCAUACAAGUUUGCGUUGAGAUUAGAGCCGGACUCGGCACCUAUACAAAGAGAUCUGGCACAUCUUCAGAUACAAAUGCGAGAUUAUGAAGGCUAUAUCCAGAGCCGCAAAAAUAUGCUUCAGCAGAAACCAGGUUUCAGGCAAAACUGGACAGCUGUAGCCAUAGCACACCAUCUUGCCGGGAAUUACGAGGACGCCGAGAAUGUUUUGACCACCUACGAAGAGACACUCAAGGUGAAACCCAGCCGGUCAGACUUAGAGCAUUGGGAGGCGGUCCUCUACAAAAACACCAUCAUUGCCGAGUCUGGAGAGGUGGAGAAGGCACUUGAUCACCUGGAGGCCGUUGGGAAGAAAAGUCCUGAUGUUCUUGGAGUAAUGGAGAUGAGAGCGGACUACCUGGCACGAUUAGGGCGAAAGAGUGAGGCCGAGGCAGCGUAUGCCGCUCUUCUGGAUCGGAACCCCAACGACUCAAAUUACUACGAUGGGUGGAUAGAGGCCAAAGGUCUGAAAGACGGCCCGAUUUCAGGAAUCAAGAAGGCUUACGAAGAACUGGCUGCGAAAUAUCCAAAAGCAGACCUCCCACUGCGAAGACCGUUGGAUGUUCUGACCGGAGAAGAUUUCAAACACGCCGCAGACCCAUACUUGCAGAAAAUGCUGCGGAAAGGCGUACCUUCCACCUUCGCAAACAUCAAGCACUUGUACACUGACGAAUCGAAACGGGAUAUGAUCCAGGAAUUGGUCAAGGGCUAUGCUGCUGGAAAGCUAGGUUCGCAAACGAACGGCGCUGCGAAUGGUGACGGGAAAGAUCAGGCACGAUUCGAAUCCUCAGUCCUGUAUUUCCUGGCACAGCAUUAUAACUACAAGCUCAGUCGGGAUCUUGACAAGGCUUUGAAGUACGCCGACAAAUGCCUAGAACUGGACCCCAAAUCCGUGGACUUUCACGCGGUGAAGGCACGAAGUUACAAGCACAAGGGCGAUGUCGCUAAAGCAGCUGAAAUUAUGGAUCAAGCACGAGCGCUGGACGAAAAGGACCGAGCCAUCAACACCAAAUGCGCCAAGUAUCUGUUACGGGCCGAUCAGAAUGACAAAGCUCUCGAAACGGCCGGCAAGUUCACGCAAAACAAGACUGGCGGUCCGCUCAGCGACCUCAUCGACAUGCAAUGUGUAUGGUACCUGACGGAGGAUGGGAAGUCGUACCUGCGCCAACGCAAAAUCGGCCUUGCACUGAAGCGGUUCCAUCAAGUCCUCGCCAUCUUCGACGUCUGGCAAGAAGACCAAUUCGACUUUCACAAUUUCUCGCUAAGAAAAGGUAUGAUCCGAGCGUACAUCGACAUGCUACGCUGGGAGGAUCGACUGCGAGAGCAUCCAUUCUUCUCGACUUCGGCUGUCGCCGCAGUUAAAGCUUACAUUUUGCUGUCCGACAACCCGGACCUGAUGCACGGUCCGAUCAUGGACAAUCUCAACGGCACAGAUGCGAGCGAAAUGAACGCCGCAGACCGUAAGAAAGCGCUCAAGAAAGCGAAGCGUGAGCAGGAGAAGAUGGAGAAAGCCGAAGCGGAGAAAAAGGCAGCCAUGAAGGCGGCGAAACCGACACCCAAAAGCGAGGAUCCAGAUACGAAGAAAGAGGACCCCGAUCCGUUUGGUAAGACAUUGGUCGAGACGAAGGAGCCGCUGAAGGAUGCGAUGAAGUUCUUAACCCCGUUAUUGGAGUACGCGCCGCAGCUGGUGGAGGCACAGUGUGUGGGCUUCGAAAUCUAUUUGCGAAGGAAAAAGUACCUGCUCGCGGCGAAGUGUUUGCUUGCGAUACAGAGUCUGGAGCCCAAGAAUGAGAAGCUGCAGGAAUACAAGGGCCAAUUGAAGAAGGUGCUUGCGGAGAAGCCUGCUGAAUUGUCGGAGCGGGUCGCUGAGAUUAUCAAAAGCGAGAUGGGUGAUUUGGUGCAGUGACACGACGCGACAUAUGUACGCUGAAAUCUGAUGCUCUGUGAGGAAGAGAUAGGACAUAUACGCAAAGACCACCGCUGCAAAUAAGUUGUGGGUAAGCACAGAGAAAAAGUGUCUAGGGCUCAAUGACUUCUAUUAAGUCAUCUUUCGCGAUGGUAGAGAAGUACUGUGGUCAACCUGGGUUCGCAAGCAUUGCGCCGGCAAGGUAGUGUUCAUUGUCGCAGUCAUAGUCAAAGGUAUCAGACAUCAGACAGUCAGGAUUCUUCAGCCUGGAAGCAUUCAAAGUUGACAAUCCUCUGGUG